AAUCUGCUCAUCUGGGCACAGUUCACCUGAGACAUUGGUUCACCUGAAGUGGACUCACCUGCACCGCACUCAGCUCAGGCAUCUCAGGGAUUCUAAAGGGAAAACUGAAGAUACCCAAUGUGGAGCCCUAACAAUGGAGACUCAGUACAUGAUGGUGGCAAGUGUCAGUCCUGACUAUGUCAGAAGAAACUGGGGCAUAAGCCCAGGGGGCUCAGAGCAGCAGGUUUGGGCGAUACCCAGCUCCCAGUGCUGAUUUCCUCCAGGCAAUACGGUCAGGAUCAGCCUAGAGGUGCUCAGGACACUGGUGGCAGAGCAAAAUCUCCCGACCUUAUUUCAAACCUGCUGGACCUGAAAGAAAUUUUCAGAGACACCCUUCACGGAUCCUGGGGCUCAGCAGCAGGAACCAAGCGCCUGCCACCUCAGGAAGUGCCCCCCUCUAUCCAGGAAGAGUGGUGUACUUGGAAGAUGGAGCCAGGUGGGGAUCUCUCGACCUCGCCAGGCCCUGUUGCUGCCCUGGUGGGGAUGGACUCUGGGCCUCGCAGAGCCUCCCUGGAGCCAUCCAGUGCUGACCCGGGCAAACUCCAAGCUCUCCCCAUUGGGCCUGGAGCUCACCACGGUGACUCUGCCCCUGGAAGCCAUGGCAGUGGGCCCAGCACAGAGGACAACCUCCAGGACAAAGAUGCUCCUGAGGGACUAAGCACUAAGCUCCCUAACCGGGACAGCGGCAUUGACAGCCCAUCCUGCAGUGUGGCUGGCGAGCCCUUCCCCUGUGAGGAGGCCAGUGAGACAGGCCCUGGUCCCAGCACCCUGGGGCUGCACCCUGACAGUGACGGGGGCGAGGGCAGCAGUGAGGAGCCUGACACUGACAGCAGCCCCCCAAGGGCUGAAGUGGACCAGCCCAAGUGCUCGGAGCCCCAGAAGCUCUUCAACAUUGCCCAGGAGCUUUUGCACACGGAGGAAACCUAUGUGAAGAGGCUGCAUUUGUUAGAUCAGGUUUUCUGCACCAGGCUGACGGAAGCAGGGAUCCCUCAAGAGGUCACCAUGGGCAUCUUCUCGAACAUCUCCUCCAUCUACCGCUUCCACGGGCACUUCCUCCUGCCUGAGCUGCAGACACGCAUCACAGAACAGUGGGAUACGAACCCGCGACUGGGGGACAUCCUGCAGAAGCUGGCCCCAUUCCUCAAGAUGUACGGCGAGUACAUGAAGAACUUCGACAGGGCUGUGGAGCUGGUGAGCACCUGGACUGAGCGCUCACCUGUGUUCAAGGACAUUGUCCACGGCAUCCAGAAGCAGGAAGUGUGUGGAAACCUGACCUUGCAACACCACAUGCUGGAGCCCGUGCAGAGGGUGCCCCGCUACGAGCUGCUGCUCAAGGACUAUCUGAAGAGGCUUCCAGCUGACGCCCCUGACCGGAAAGAUGCAGAGAGGUCCCUGGAGCUCAUCUCCACAGCUGCUAACCACUCCAACACCGCCAUCUGCAAAAUGGAGAAAAUGCACAAACUUUUGGAGGUGUACGAACGGUUGGGUGGGGAGGAGGACAUCGUCAAUCCUGCCAACGAGUUGAUCAAGGAGGGCCACAUCUUGAAGCUGUCGGCCAAGAACGGCACGGCCCAGGACCGUCACCUGUUUCUAUUCAAUAGCAUGAUCCUUUACUGUGUGCCCAAACUGAGGCUCAUGGGCCAGAAGUUCAGCGUCCGCGAGAAGAUGGACAUCUCCGGGCUCCAGGUGCAGGACACAGUCAAGCGCAGUGCAGCCCACACGUUUGUCAUCGUCGGCAAGAAGCGGUCCCUGGAACUGCAGACUCGGACAGAAGAGGAGAAGAAAGAUUGGAUUCAGGUCAUCGAGGCCACUAUCGAGAAGCACAAGCAGAAUAGCCAGACCUUCAAGGCCUUUGGAGGGUCCCUGGGCCAGGACGAGGACCCCUCGCUCUCUCCAGACCUGCCCGUGGUGAGCACCAGCUCUGAGGAGCCUGUGGUGGCAGCCGAUGCUGGAGUAGGUGCGGCAGGGCUCGAGCCCAGGAGGGUGUCCUCUAAGAUGCGGCGUGACAAGGAGAAGCAGUGCUGCAAGGGGUGCGGCGAGACCUUCAAUUCCAUCACCAAGAGGAGGCACCGCUGCAAGCCUUGUGGGGCGGUCAUCUGUGGCAAAUGCUCUGAGUUCAAGACCGAACAAGGCAGGCAGAGCCGCUUCUGCAGAGAAUGCUUCCUCAGCCAGCCGGGAACCCCUGGGAGCCCCAGCCCCGAGGAACCUGCCGGGUCUAAGCAGAACCUGGAGAAGCUCACUGUGGCAGACUCCCAGCCCAGCCUGCUCUGCGGUCCCCUGCGGGUGUCAGAGGAUGGCGUGACCUGGAAUGAGGUGUGGGCCAGCAUCCCCACCUCAGAGCCCCUGGAGCUGGUACUGCGCACACAGGGAGACAGCCAGGGCAGCCAGCCGCCCCACACCAUCUGCCUCCCAGGCUGCAGGGUGAGUCUGCCUGACCCUGCAGAGAAGCUGGAUGCCGGGCACACGUGGAGGCUGCAGCAGGCCCGUCAGCGCUGGUACUUGAGUGUCUCCUCUGCAGAGCUGCAGCAGCAGUGGAUGGAGGCCCUGAGCACUGCUGCCAGAGGGGAACGCAUCCCGGCCAGCCCGGCGGACCCUCAGCCCCAGGUUCUGGCUGCCCCGUGAACUGUCUGGGUCACAUCUCCUUGAUGCUUCUGUAUUUGGGAGUCCAUGUUCUCCUGGGAGGUGGCAUCAGAGCCCAUGUGCUGUGAAGGCACCCACGUGCCACCGGACACUUGGCCCUGGAGAGAGAGAGUCCUUCUGCUUCACAGAGGAGAUGAAGGCACAGAGAGGGCAACCACCUUCUCAAGGUCGCCCAGCAUAUCUGGAGAAAAGGCCAACUCUGUCUGCAGACCUAUAUGGCCCAGGCAGGUGUGGGGCGACUGCCAAUUACCCCACACACUGUGGGGUGUGCACAGGCACUAGCCUGGAAAGACAGGAGCCAUGUGGGCAGUGCCAGUGGCCCCAGGUUGCUGGAAUGAAAGAGCCCACCUUCUGUACCCUGAGAGCUGAACAGAGGCCGGCCCAGCCUCCUCUCCUGACUGCCUCAAGGCCCUUGGGCUCUCUGGACUGUCGCUGGGGGAUGAGGCAGCUGAGCCUGGGACUCAGGGUUCCCGAUGAACUUGCUGCAGAGCUCCACAGGGCCCACCUGCAUCUUCUGGACUAACACGUGUGCUGUCUCCUCUGGGGGUGUGGUGCUUGUCUGUGUAAAUAAACGCACGGCCUGGG